UUAAAUAAACAAAAGACAACGAAAUUCUAGGGUGAGCAGAGGCAGAGACGUCAGAGUCCAGAGAUCCCACACCCCGCCCGCCGUCGUCCCUCGCGCGCAUCGUCCUGCUGCCCUCCUCCCUUGCUCGUGCCCGCCUCCUCCCACCUGCGCCGCGGCUGCGCGAGCAGCAGCAGUAGAAAUACAGAGGGAAGGAGCAGUGCGUGCCCGUCCGUCCGUCCGCCUGGGCCUCUCGCUCCCCCCUCAACCGCCUGCUCCCUAACCCAGUCCACCCCCUUCACAUUAUCCGCGUGCGCGGGCUGCCCGGCUGGGGGCGCCGCCGUGCGGUGCUGCUGCUGCCGCUGUUGCUGGUGGUGGCGCCGUCGAGGCCGGCGAUGGCGAUCCGCGGCCCGGACGCCGCGUCCGUCCUCCCCAUGACGCUGCUCUUUUCCCUCGGCUUCUUCUGCGCCCGCUUCGUUCUCGACCGCCUACUGUACAAGCCGUUGGCAGUUUACCUUUUCACUAGCAAGGCUUCUAAGUUGAUGAAUGAUGAGGCCAGGCAAGCAAAGAUUGUCAAGUUCUCAGAGUCUACUUGGAAGCUGACAUACUAUGCUUCUGUUCAGGCAUGGGUCCUAUUGAUAAUAAAGCAGGAACCAUGGUCGUUGGAUACAAUGCAAUACUUCGAUGGCUGGCCAAAUCAACCCAUCCCGUCCUCAUUGAGACUUUUCUACAUGUGCCAGUGUGGAUUUUAUAUCUACAGCAUUUUUGCUCUCAUUGCUUGGGAAACCCGCAGAAAAGAUUUUGCUGUAAUGAUGUCUCAUCAUGUAGUAACAUCUGUUCUUAUUGGAUAUUCAUUUCUGACUGGAUUUUUUCGAAUUGGGACAAUCAUUCUUGCGUUGCAUGACGCGAGUGACGUGUUCCUUGAAACUGCCAAAUUGUGCAAGUACACUGAAAAAGAACUAGGGGCUAGCUUAUUUUUUGGGCUUUUUGCUCUCUCUUGGCUCCUGCUGCGUCUGAUUUACUUCCCAUUUUGGAUAAUCAAAACCUCAAGCUACCAGUCUAUCAUAUCCUUGAGGAAGCUGGAUAGGUUCCCAACGACCUUGUACUACGUUUUCAACACAAUGCUUCUCACAUUACUUGUGUUUCAUGUAUAUUGGGGGAAACUCAUAUUUUUAAUGAUAAUGAAACAAUUGAAUUGAAUAAUAAAGGAAAAGUCGGAGAGGAUGUUCGAUCUGAUUCGGAUGAUGAUUGAUGGGGGUGGUUCUUUGACAAUUGUGACGGGCCAUUUCUUUGCUGGUACCUUGCCCUGUACUUACACCAGUAGAUUGUGUUGGUCGGCAAGCUUGUGCUAAGAAAGUUUCAUCUCUGUAUAUUACCUUAUGAUAUCAAAUAUUGCUAGACCAAGAAACAGAGCAGGUUCUAUAUAUACCGGGUAUAGCUAGCAACCUUACUUGAAGGUCCCUUCAUAAUUUUUGGUUCAUCUUUCCUUGUUAGUAGAAAAGGCUUAAGAGGUCGUUUUCUGUGGCUUAUCCACAGAGCUUAGAAACUCCUCUCUACCAUGUCUGGUAUACUGUGACUGUGAGUAGGUUUAGUUCUAAUUCAUGGGAAUAAGUUGAUUUUUUUUAUCAGGAGCUUAGAAAUCUCACACCUGAUGUACCAAGUGUCUCAUGCUGCUAGUUAUAACUUUUUGACGGCAUUGGUUUGUCUCCUUA